UCAAAUGGUGGUCAGCUACAGGAAUCUUACAUCCACACAGUGAACCAGGCUCUUGAGGAUCAUCAGGCUGCAAUCCAUACUCGAAUGGACCAACAAUAUCAGGGCUUGAACAACCGUCUUGAAGAACUUGGCCAGCUUUUACUUACAGAAAAGCUGCCAGCGGGGCAGUUACCUGGUUACAGCCAGCCAUCGCCUGACAAGGAAAGUACUGGAUCAUCUCAUCAGGAGAUGCUCCGGGUUCAAUUCUCUCAUUCAUUCUCUUGUCGAAGCUGUCCCUGUGUUUGUCAUAGAAAGCAAAAGGCGAGAAUGACAAUUCCAGGAGUCAUGGAGAGUCUAUUUGGUAAGAUAUUUGUGGGCUAUACGGGUCUACCCGUGCUCAAGAAGCGAUGUGAUUUUAGAGGUUGCAAAGAUCAACAGACACCCGCCGUCACAAUGGAAUAUUGGCUGCCCUGGUGGUUUAUGUCGAUGAAUUUGAGGUUCUACCUCAGAGACCUCGCAGGCCAGGGGCCACAGCUACAGUUAUCGACCUCAAGGAGAGUACCAGAUAAUGCUCAGUCAGUCAUCUUCGCCAUGCAAGGGAACAUUGAGGGCCUCAAGUACCUUUUCAGUGAAGGCUUAGCAACCCCAAGGGAUGUCAGUAACUCCAGGGGGUUUACUUUGGUGCGAUGGGCGCUUUAUGGGGGAAUGCAUCAGUACGAAACUGUUCAGUUCUUGAUUGGCCAAGGGGCUAUUGUGGAUGAAGAGUAGGUGAAUCUACUACAAUAGCCAGACUUCCCACUUACAAGUCUCAACAGCUCAUAUGAUAACGUCUGGGACUUCAUCUUCCGCGGUAAAUGCAACGAUAAGGAAGAGAGAGCCCUGCGCUGUAUCACAGAAGAUGGUGAUAAUGAGUGGUUCAGAGAGCAGAACUUCCCUCUAAUC